AACACAGUCAGGAAAGUAUAUAUAAAUUGGCACUUAAUAUCUUGUGUUCUCAUGUAAGAAAUACUUUUUUUUAUUUCUAUGUUUUUUUUUUAGUCAUUCCACUAAUGAGACCAGGAUUAGAACUAUUUAUGCCUCAUUUGCUCUCAAACGCAUGUACCUACACACGUUUUUGUAUAACAGAUUGCCUACUACACGUAAGCACAGAUCACAAAGUGUACCUGUGACAUCUGUGGACGCAAGUUUGUUUAUGUUGAUAAUUGUCAGUGUCAAACAACCAAAGUGUCAGCCCCUUUAUCUCCCUAACGAUUUUGGGAUUCUUUGAUUUCCAGAAGCUGUUUUUUGUCCCUUUCCAGCAACUAAGUAACAAUGGCAUUCAGGCCCUUAACUGAGGGCGACUGCGGCCAGAUCAAUCCACUGACAAAGCUCACGUCCCACAUAACACAAGAUCAUGCAUUUGCUGAAACUCACGGCCAGAUCUUCCCCAACACAUCUGAUCAAUUGGUUGAACAGUUCCUGCAGGAAACGCGGGCUGUGCCCCAGUCUUUCAGAAUGGAUGACUUGAUGAGGGAGAUGAACGAAAUUGAGUCACAGCGGGCUGUGGUGCCGCCCAUUCCAGCUUCAGCAAUCAAGGAUCAGUUGCAUGAUGAUGCAUGGGCUCAACAGUACCUGCAGGAUGGGAAAACCUUUCAAGUCAGUGGCAAUGUGGAACACAACUACGACGACAUCUGGAACCAAAUCGCGUCGCAAAGCCAGCCACAAGAUUUAAGUUUCAACAUUUUCACGGACGCCUGGAAAGACUUAAAGUCUCUGGAAUUCGAUCAGUUCCAAAACGACAAUCACGAAACAGCUCAACAGUCAGGAAUGGAAAUGAACGACAAAAAAUUCGUAUACUCAAAGUUCAUGAAAUUUAUGAAGAACGUUGAAGAAGACCAACUAAAUCUGGACGAUGGGAAGCUGACCCAGGACGAGGCACAAGCCUGGACAGAGGAGUUCUUACAAAGUAAAGAAACACCCGGCCUGAAUGGGGCCUGGGACGAUGCCUGCGAAAGCAAUCGAGUUGAGCAGGAGAAUCGAUGGGAUCAGCUGCAAAAAGACAUUGAAAAGAACAUGGCCAGCGAUGAAAACACACUUCACUCCUGGCUGGAAGACUUCAACGUAUUUUACAAUACUCCUCACAAGGAGUACGAGUUCAACGAAGAAAACCCCAUGAUCGAUUUGCCAAAUCCGGUUGAACGGGGAAAACAGCUGUUGGAGGAAGGCGACUUUCCCAGCGCUGUUCUCUGCUUUGAAGCGGCCGUCGCGAAGCAGCCGGAAAAUGUUGAAGCGUGGCUCCUCUUGGGCACAACGCAGGCUGAAAACGAACAGGAUCCCAGUGCCAUUGCCGCUCUAAACAAAUGCCUAGACUUAGACCCCAAUAAUUUGACCGCCCUCAUGUCGGCAGCGGUCAGCUUGACGAACGAAAGUUACUACAACCAGGCCUGCUCCAUGCUGAUCAACUGGCUGAAAAACAAUCCGAAAUACAACGAUUUAGUGCCAGCAAAUUUGAACGCUUCUCGGCAAGUUACAAGCUUUUUAAAUCAGGCGAAUCAGCGGCAGGUGCAGGAGCUGUACUUAAAGGCCGCCCAGAGAAACCCACAGAAUCUGGACCAUGAAAUCCAGUCAGGGUUGGGCGUUUUGUGCAAUUUAACCGGGGAAUACGAGAAAGCCGCUGAUUGUUUUCGGGCUGCGCUGUCCGUGCGACCUCAUGACGCCAGAUUGUGGAACCGCCUUGGGGCGACACUGGCGAAUGGUUCCAAGUCGGAGGAGGCCGUCGAAGCGUAUCACAUGGCGCUAAAUUUGUCGCCCGGAUUUAUCCGAGCUAGAUACAAUGUGGGCAUUACCUGCAUUAAUCUGCGAGCUUACAGGGAAGCGGUAGAACACUUUCUGACCGCCCUCAAUCAGCAGGCUCGUGGCAAAGACGUGCUAAACACGGGGGCGAUGUCGCAAAUGUCGAACACUAUUUGGUCGACGCUGCAAAUGUGCGUGUCUUUAAUGGACCGCGCGGACUUGCGGCCGCUUGUUAAGGAGCGAAACUUGCAAGAAUUAAACAAGAUUUUCAAUAUAGACUAGUUCUAAUUGCUGGUGAUGGGCCUAACCGAACUAUAGUCAUUUAUAGACGCUAUAACGAUUGUAAUCCGUUUUUACUAAGACUAACAAGCAAAUUUAUUCGUGGUCUUGGAUGUAGAGAAGGCCCCAGUUAAAAAAGUCCAUCACUAUAAUUGAAAGUUUCACUAGUUGAAUGAUUUUUCGUUGAUAUUAAGCACUUUUAGAUUGUUGGGUUUUGUUAUUCGUCGAGAAGCGAGCUCUUCCACGUACGUAAUGUUUUAAAACCGGUCAUGUAUAUUUGGUUCUAUUGGCUGGUUGAUUAGGGGUAGACGUUUUAAUAUUCAAUUCUUAGCAACAUUAUCUAUCAACAACCGUAUGUAUAUCUUAGUUUAAUUAUUCCCGGGAUAUCGGACACGAACGUGUUGAAUCAUGUUUUUUCAGCCAAAAUUGUAACUUGUUUACUACAUGCAAUGUUUGGGCGAAAUAAAAUCCUCUGACUGAAA